CCCUUCUCUCCUUCAUCAUCCCCCGCUUGAUCGACAAUUGUGCGCCCCCUCCCCCCCGGUAACUUUCUGGUGGAAGAGGCUCUUGCGCGCUCACGGCUGUCGCAUUCAACGUCGAGAUGGCGGGAUUCAGCAUGAACAAGGUGCUGGGCACCAUAAAGAAGCGACCAACGCUUGGUAGAGGUGGGAGCGUAGAUGAGACAUCGGUCGAUCCCGCACAUGAUACCCCAGAAGCCAUCGCCACGCGCUGUGUGAAACAAUUUUGCCAGUCCGUCGGAAGCGCGUCGGGCGACGAUGUCAUCUUCCUGCCAUCAAUUGUCGAGGCUGCUGUUGCCUCGCCAGCCGCCGCCGCCGAAUCUGCCCGUCUAAUUCGCAAAUUCCUGCAGCGGGAUUACUGGUCGAAACCCUCAUUUCAAUACAACGCCAUCAUGCUGCUGCGGAUUCUAGCUGACAACCCCGGGCCGGGGUUCACGCGGUUUCUGGACAAGAAGUUCGUCGAUGUCACAAAGGAACUGCUUAGGUCAGGGCGGGACCCCAGUGUCCGCCAGAUCCUGAUGGAGACGCUGGACGCGUUCGAGACGACCAAAAGCCUCGACGAGGGGUUGGCCUUGAUCAUCGGGAUGUGGCAGAAGGAAAAGGAGAAGGCAUACAAGGCUUACGGGGGCGUGCCUGCUGCACCGUAUCCGAAUACUGGUGCGCCGUACCCGACCGCGGUGGCCCCGGGCUACCAUCAAUACCAGCAGCCCCAACCGCAAGCUCACUAUCCUCGGCCCAACCACGGCAAGCGCCUGCCCGAACCAGCAGAGCUUGCAAACCGGCUAGAAGAAGCGCGGACAUCAGCCAAGCUUCUGGAGCAGUUCGUGGCUUGCACGCCGCCCUCGGAAAUCCUCUCCAACGACCUGGUCAAGGAGUUCGCGGACCGGUGCGGCAGCGCCUCGCGCAGCAUACAAGGGUACAUGAGCGCCGAGGACCCGGCGCCCGACAACGACACGAUGGAGAGCCUGAUCGACACCAACGAGCAGCUCCAGCAGGCCCUGAACCACCACCGCCGCGCCGUGCUGCAGGCAAAGAAGCAGCUCGGGAACGGCGGGUCCAGCAAUACCUCGAGCCCGGCGCCGCAAGAACCACACUCCACGGCCCCGCCGCCCGUCCCCUCCCGCAGCGCCGUAGCCGGCGAAGGCAUCGGUCGAAGCGGAAGCGGCAUCAGCAGCAACAGCAUCAGCAGCGGUAACGGCAAAGGUAAAGCCGUGUCCGACCCGUUCAAUCACAGCUCGGCCGUCGCCGGCCUGUCGCGAUCCGCGAGCAGGACGCCCCGCCGCGACCACGACGACCACGACGACGGGCAAGAUCCUUUCCGGGACCCUCCAUCCGAGGACCAGCAUUACGCGGAUGCCUCGUCGUCCUCGAGGCGGCUCGGCGCCGGCGCCGGCGCCAGCGCCAGCGACCGCGGCCCGCCCCCGCUGUCAUUUGAGUCGUCCCAUCCUGGAUUCGGGGGAAGCUCUGGUGGCAGCGGAGGCGGUUCCUCCUCGGCCGCGGCGGCGACUGCUGAUGCGGGGCACGCCUAUCGGUAUUAGUAGGCUGUUUAGGAGCUGGGUGCCGGGGGUGUGCGUCUUAGGCGGAGGCGGCGGCGUCUGACGCGAGGAAAUAU